GUUUCAGGAAGCUCCAUGGUAACUGAGGUCUCCGGUAAGCAGCUGAAAACGUCCACAUCUCAAUGAGCCAGCGACGUCCUGAAGUAGCGGCAGUGAAAAGUUAAGGCCCGAGAAUUGGGGAUCGAAUAAUAAGAGCGACGUUGGGAAUCAGUGGAAGCUGUGAGGCACAGUAGAGAAGUCCAAAGCAAGAGACUGCCCAAUAAGCUGUGCUGAUAUCAAGAAUCCCUUGAAAGGCUGACCUUGCAUUCUCCCUGCCAACAUGGAACAGCUCCCCAGUAAUCUGCAGGUCCUUUUGCAAGCUGCUGAGUAUGUGGAGCGAAGAGAAAGAGAAGCAGAGCAUGGUUAUGCCUCCAUCUUGCCUUGUGAUCCUGGCACACCUGGGAGGCGAAAACGUCAGAGAACAAACAGCAACCCAGAUAACGUCAGAUCUGUUCACAAUGAGCUAGAGAAACACAGGCGAGCUCAACUUCGAAGAUGCUUAGAGCAGCUUAAACAACAAGUGCCUUUGAGCAUGGAGAACUCGAGGCAUACAACUCUCAGUCUACUACACAGGGCCAAGCAACAUAUCAAAAAACUGGAAGAUCAGGAGCUGAGGGCAAAAAGUCUGAAGGAAAAACUGAGGACAGAACAGCAGACGCUCCGCCAGAGGCUAAAACGGCUUUUACCUCCUAACACUGAGCGGAUUCGAACUGACAGUUUAGAUUCGUCAACUUUAUCCUCCGAGAGAUCCGAUUCAGAUCAAGAGGAUUUGGAGAUAGACGUGGAAGGAAUCAUUCUGAGUGGCAAUGAGGGCGAACUCUUUGUUUCGUUUAGUGCUGGGCUGGAACACAGCUACUCUACUCCAGCUCAUGCCUGGCUAUGACCUCUGAUUACAAACACAGCACACGAAACAUCAGCAGACUUACUGUAUGGGCAGCUCCCUAAAACAACUUACCUUGCAGAUCUGAAAACACUUGCAGAUGUGGCACACGCAGGAUAACCUCAAUCAUUUCUUUUCACUUGCCUCCAUAUUGAGAUGUACUGUUACAGUCUUGAAACAUUUGAAGGUGCUUUGGACGUACUAUUCCUGCAACAGUUAGCAUCAUAAUUGACUUCUGUUUACGUUGCAAUGCUGAAAUGGCAGAAGUUUUUCUUUUUUUUUAAAACGACAGGAACAUUUUGUUUUUCAUAUUGCCCUUUGCAAAUAUGUCAGGGCCGUCCGCUUUUAUUUUUAACAGUUAGAUAAGGGUAUAGC